UUGGUGCUCAACAAGCUCAUGGUCAUGGAUGCUUUGGAAUUCAAAACUUUCAUUUCAACCAUCCUUGCCCUGUUAGUAGGUGCCUUGAUUUAUCAAUUAAAGAAAACACGUAGUCGUAAUACAAAGAUCUGCACUGCACCUCAAGCAGGAGGUGCGUGGCCUAUUAUUGGCCAUGUGCACCUUUUCGGGGGUCAUCAACUUACACACAAAACACUUGGGAUGAUGGCUGAUAAACAUGGUCCAAUUUUUACAAUAACACUUUGUUCAUACAAAGUUUUGGUUUUGAGUAGUUGGGAGUUGGCAAAGGAGUGUUUUACCGUCCAUGACAAAACAUUCUCCGACAGGCCUCGUGUUGCAGCCUCAAAGCUAAUGGGUUAUAACUGUGCAAUGUUUGGCUUCACUCCUUAUGGACCUUACUGGCGUGAGAUGAGAAAAUUAGCUACUAUUGAGCUUCUGUCUAACCACAGGCUUGAACUGCUCAAGAACACAAGAACAUCUGAGUUAGAGGCUGCAAUAAGGGAGCUUUAUAAGUUAUGGUCAAGGGAAGGUUGUCCUGAGGGAGGGGUUUUGGUAGAUAUGAAGCAGUGGUUUGGGGAUUUGACUCAUAAUAUUGCUCUGAGAAUGGUGGGAGGGAAGCCAUACUAUGGGGCUAGUGAUGUUUAUGCAGAAGGUGAAGCGAGAAGGUAUAAGAAAGCUAUAAGGGACUGUGUGUGUUUGUUUGGGGUGUUCGUGUUAUCUGAUUCAAUUCCAUUUCUGGGGUGGUUAGACUUCAAUGGAUAUGAAAAGGCUAUGAAGAGAACAGCUAGUGAAUUGGAUACUGUGGUUGAAGGAUGGCUGGUGGAACACAAAAGGAAAAGAGAGUUGAAUACGAAUGAAAAGGAAGAACAGGAUUUCAUGGACGUUAUGCUGAAUGUUCUGCAGGAUGCAGAGAUUUCUGAUUAUGAUUCAGAUACCAUCAUCAAGGCUACUACCCUGAAUCUGAUUUUAGCAGGAAGUGACACCACCAUGGUCACUCUAACAUGGGCGCUAUCUCUGCUACUAAACCAUCAAAUGGAACUUAAAAAAGCACAAGAUGAGCUGGACAUUCAUAUAGGGAAGGACAGGAAGGUGGAAGAAUCUGACAUAAAGAAGUUAGUGUAUCUCCAAGCCAUUGUUAAGGAAACGCUACGCCUCUAUCCACCAAGUCCCAUUAUCACCUUUCGUUCAGCCAUGGAUGACUGUACUUUUUCAUGCGGCUAUCAAAUUCCUGCUGGUACGCAUUUGAUGGUGAAUGCUUGGAAGAUCCACCGGGAUGGUCGUGUUUGGCCUGACCCUCAUGAUUUCAAGCCUGAAAGGUUCUUGACAAGCCACAAAGAUGUUGAUGUGAGAGGUCAGAACUAUGAGCUCGUCCCUUUUAGUUCCGGAAGGCGAGCAUGUCCUGGGGCCUCAUUGGCUCUGCGAGUGGUACACUUGACCCUGGCUAGACUGUUGCACUCUUUCAAUGUUGCUUCUCCUCCAAAUCAAGUUGUAGAUAUGACAGAGAGCAUUGGACUCACAAAUUUGAAAGCAACCCCUCUUGAAGUUCUCCUAACCCCCCGUCUGAACACCAAGCUUUAUGAAUUAUGAGGACUAGAUUAUAUUAGGCUAGUUUUCUCAAAAUAUGGGCAGGGAGCCUCUAUAGAUGUUUUAUAAGGUUUUCCAUCUUUCAAUAACUUGUUUAAUGAUACUACACUCGGUCAAGAUAGCUAGGGCAAUUUGUAGUACUCUCUAAUUCUGCACUUGUGGUUCAUGUUCACCCAUUUUUAUUUCUACCGAUCUCCUUUCUAUAAUUCAUUCCAUAAAAAGCAAAGUGAAUGGAUAACUUUCACGUAUACUGUGUCAUUUAUAUGCCAUCCACAAAUAGGAUAAUGCCAGAGAGCCUAGUAAACAGCUUAAGCUUCCGCCGUGGCGUAU